CCUGCGCUGCAGCGCCCCUAUAAAAACGUGGGCACCGAGCGAGCGGAGGCAUGACCGAAACUUCCCAGCGCCGGGCGCGCCGGGGAGCAGCCGAUUGCUCGCGGGGAGCCCCCCGACAGCCAGCCCCUGCUCAGCUCCGCCGCCCCGCACCAUGCUGGGGCUCUGCCUGGCGCUGGUGGCCACGGCCCAGCUCGGGCGCUCGGCUCCCGCCCCGCCGCAGCCCGUGGGCGCCCAGUGCAUCGAGCACGUCUGCUUCGGCCUGUUCUGGGGGCGGCAGCGGUUCCCCGGCGCCAGCCGGCUCUGCCAGGCCCGCGGGGGGCAGCUCAUGACCGUGCGCUCCACGGUGGCGGAGACCGCCAUCGCCCUGCUGGUGCGGAACCAGAGCGACUCCAGCCUGUGGAUCGGGCUGCAGCUGCCCCCGGGCCAGGCGUGCUCGGAGCCCGCCCGCCCGCUGCGGGGGUUCCGCUGGGUCACGGGCGACGAGCGCACGGACUUCACCCAGUGGAGGCCGGGCGGCCCCGUCUGCGGGCGCCAGUGUGUCGCCGUGGCGACGCUGAAUCUCACCUGGGAGGAGAAGCGGUGUGACUCCGAAGCAGACGGCUUCCUGUGUGAGUACAAUUACCCUGACACGUGCGCCAAGCUCUCCCCCGGGGCAGGCCUGGCUGUGACCUACACCACCCCCUUCGGGGCGCAGGACAGUGACCUCCUGGCCCUUCCUCCCCAGACCACUGCCUCAAUCCCGGCCCUGGGCGUGGAGCUGGUGUGCCAAGAGCACAGCAGCGGGGGCAUGCGGUGGAGCUCAGCCAGCCCCGGGGCCUGGCACUGCCAGCUGGAGAACGGCGGGUGCGAGGAUUCGUGCCAGUGGGACGGCGGGACCCCGCGCUGCACCUGCCCCCAGGGGAAGCAGCUGGACCAGGACCAACGCAGCUGCUCUUCCCUGUGUGCCGACGCCCCCUGCGAGCACCACUGCAUCCCCCUCGCCCUCAACUUCACUUGCAUGUGCCACGAGGGCUAUGAGCUGGCCGGGGAUGGCAUCAGCUGCAGAGACAUUGAUGACUGUAAAACCAACCCGGGCCUUUGUGACCAAGUGUGCAUCAACACCAAGGGGGGCUUCACCUGCCAGUGCCACGCGGGCUACGAGCUGGUGGAGGGCAAAUGUGAGGACGUGAGAGAUUGCGACGGAGAGAAAUGUCAACACCAGUGUGACGAUGUGCCAGGGGGUUACCGCUGCAGCUGCUCCAGUGGAUACGCCCCAUCCCCCCUAGACCCCCAUAAAUGUGUCCUAUUUUGCAACCAGACUGAAUGCCCAGCAGACUGUGACCCCCAUACACAGGAUACGUGCUACUGCCCUGAUGGCUUUGUUUUGGAUCACUACAACGGUAGUGCAAAGAUGUGUGUUGAUAUUGAUGAGUGUGAGCUAAACUAUUGUGAACAGCUGUGCACAAAUAAGCCAGGCAGCUACACCUGUUCUUGCCAGGAGGGGUACAGCCUUGACAAGCAGCACUCUUGUAUUUCUGAAGAUGAGUUUUCAGGUGAAAUGGAACCCUACCCAAAAACAGCAGUCCCCCCCCAUGUCCCACCGCCUGCAGACAGCCUCCACCCUGGAGUGCUGAUCGGAAUCAUUAUUGGCAUCUUGUCCACAAUUCUGGUCCUGAUGGCCAUUCUCUACCACCUGAUGAAGAAGCACUUCCCAGUUCAUGGAGCCAUGGAUUAUAAAUGUAGCAACAGGACAGAAAAGGGAGUGAUGCUGCAGCAAGUUCCCCCCGGAUGCCCCUCUGCUAACCAGAAACUGUAAAGAAUCCCAUUGGAUUGAAAGGGGAAAAGAUGGAAUUGGGUGAAAUUUUUCAAAUUUCUGAUGAAAACUUUUCAAGGAAAGUCAUUAAAACUUUGCAGGGAAAAUAUUCACUAUUUUUCAAUGAGCUGCAGAAAAAUAUGCUUUGCAAGAGAUGAGAAAACUGAAUGGUAGAGCAUACAAUGCUGAGCUAGUCCCAUUUGUGCGUCUUUAAAGAAACCCCUAGAUGCCUUUUUGAUUUCCCCCCUUUUCCAGACUUGGCGAGCUUUGUGGGGUUUAAAGAGAGAACUUCAUUAUUUUUUGUGCAUUGAAAAAACUGCCCUUGUUUGGAACUGACUAUUGAAAUCUGACUAUAAAACAAGAGAAUAUAUGCAACUGACUAUUCAACAGUAAUAGACUUUGAAGUGGUAUGGUGAAAGCGGCUUUCAUCCAGAGACAGUGUCAUGAGUUCUUUCCCACAUCAGGCUGGAGCUACUGAGCAAUCGAGAAGAGGUGGAAUGCUCCUGCGACAGAUAUAGGUUUGGUUUAUUUUUUAAAAACUGCUAAUUACUAACAAGUGGCAAAGACCUUUCCAUCAGUUCUUCCCCUACCUUCCAUCGUCCUGUCCUCUUUGUUAUCUGUAAGAAAUUGCAGCUCCCCACAUUUAUCUAUUUUAGGGGUUUGUGCUGCCACCCAUUACCACAGUAUCUGAGCACCUUUCAUGUAAAAUCAAUAGCAAAAGCAAAGCCCCUUAUGGACUUCAUGGAAUCUCUGCCCCUUCUCCCUUUCAGGGUCAGAACUCUGCUGAUUUGGUUGCUGUUUGUUACAGGUUUUUUGUUUUUGAGGGGGGCGGGUGUUUGGUACAUGGAACUGUCAAUGGUGUGUCAUUCUUGCUUUGGUGGAAAAGCCUUCCCAUCUGAUGGUUGUGUCUUCCAUUCGCAUUUUCUCUAGAGGUUUUUCCCCCUUCUCUCACUGUCAGCUUAAAACAUCAUUAAUAAAACCACUUCAUAUUCUCCUGUUGAUGAGAACAUACGAACCGCCAUACCGGGUCAGACCAAAGGUCCAUCUAGCCCAGUAUCCUGUCUUCUGACAGUGGCCAAUGCCAGGUGCCCCAGAGAGAAUGAACAGAACAGGGAAUCCUCAAGUGAUCCAUCCCCUGUUGCCCAUUCCCAGCUUCUGGCAAACAUAGGCUAGGGACACAAUCCCUGUUCAUCCUCCAUGAAUUUAUCUAGUUCGUUUUUUUUUUUUUUAAACCCUGUUAUAGUCUUGGCCUUCACAACAUCCUCUGGCAAGGAGUUCCACAGGUUGACUGUGCAUUGUGUGAAAAAAUACUUCCUUUUGUUUGUUUUAACUCUGCUGCCUAUUAACAUGAUGGCAGGGCAUUUUUGCCCAGCGCUGCUAAAUCCCUCAGCCCCUGUCCAGAUGGUUGCUAUGGGCCCAGUCCUACCCACACAGUGGCAAAACUUCCAUUGACUUCAAUGGGAGCAGGCUCAGGUCCUCUGUCUGCCAUCCAGUACUAUAGUGGGCAAAAUCCAAAAAAAUUAUUUCACAUUUUCCUUUCCAGAUCCUUUUAUCAAGUGUUGAGAUGAAGGGUUAGGAGGCUAUAAAAGCCAAGGGUCAGACCAGUGUUCAAAGGAGACGGGCAGUAUAACCUUAAUGAGAUUGUGGGAGAAAAUAAGUCCAAAUGCUGAGAGAACUCCAAGGGCCUUUUUCUGCUUCUAUGGAAGCUUUGACAUUGGCUUCAAGAGGAGCAUGAUUGAGCUCUACCAGAUAGGGUCCCGUGCCUAUGAAAUAUUGAUAUGCAGCAGUGCUCAGUUUUCUAGCAGUACAUUUUACAAUUCUGGGAUAGCAAACCCAGACAUAUAGGUGACCGCUUGGAGGUCAUCUAGUCCAACCCCCUGCUCAAAGCAGGACAUAAUCCCCAACUAAAUAAUCCCAACCAAGGCUUUGUUAAGCCUGACCUUAAAAACUUCUAAGGAAGGAGAUUCCACCACCUCCCUAGGUAACCCAUUCCAGUGCUUCACCACCCUCCUAGUGAAAGUUUUUCCUUAUAUCCAACCUAAACCUCCCGCACUGCAACUUGAGACCAUUACUCCUUGUUCUAUCAUCUGGUACCACUGAGAACAGUCUAGAUCCAUCCUCUUUGGAACCCCCUUUCCGGUAGUUGAAAGCAGCUAUCAAAUCCCUCCUCAUUCUUCUCUUCUGCAGACUAAAUAAUCCCAGUUCCCUCAGCCUCUCCUCAUAACUCAUGUGCUCCAGCCCCCUAAUCAUUUUUGUUGCCCUCUGCUGGACUCUUUCCAGUUCUUCCACAUCCUGCUUGUAGUGUGGGGCCCAAAACUGGACACAGUACUCCAGAUGAGGCCUCGCCAAUGCCGAAUAGAGGGGAACGAUCACGUCCCUCGAUCAGCUGGCAGUGCCCCUACUUAUACAGCCCAAAAUGCCGUUAGCCUUCUUGGCAACAAGGGCACACUGUUGACUCAUAUCCAGCUUCUUGUCCACUGUAACCCCUGGAUCUUUUUCUGCAGAACUGCUGCCUAGCCACUUGGUCCCUAGUCUGUAGCAGUGCACGGGAUUCUUCCUUCCUAAAUGCAGGACUCUGCACUUGUCCUUGUUGAACCUCAUCAGAUUUCUUUUGGCCUAAUCCUCUAAUUUGUCUAGGUCCCUCUGUAUCCUAUCCCUACCCUGAUUGAUGAACUGAUUGAUAAAGAAGCAUGCAGGCUACCAGCUGGUUGUUCUUAAGAAAGUUUACUGUUAAGAGAUUGAGAAACUUGAUUUUUCUAAUCUUCCCCUUUUGGGGUGAAAAUAACUGUAGGUACAU